AAACGCUUCAACUCCAUCUUUGCGAAAACCCUAACCCUCUGUGCGGCGGUGUCUGUAGCGAGAGCAGAGGAAACCACGAUGAGUCGCGGGGGAAGCGCAGCGGCGGCGGCGAAGGGGGGGAAGAAGAAGGGCUCGACCUUCGUGAUCGACUGCGCGAAGCCGGUGGAGGACAAGAUCAUGGACAUCGCCUCGCUGGAGAAGUUCCUCCAGGAGCGGAUCAAGGUCGCUGGCGGCAAGGCCGGCGCCCUUGGCGACGCCGUGACCGUCACCCGGGACAAGAGCAAGAUCACCGUCACCUCGGAGGGCCCGUUCUCCAAGCGGUACUUGAAAUACUUGACAAAGAAGUACUUAAAGAAACACAAUGUGCGGGAUUGGUUGCGAGUUAUUGCUUCAAACAAAGAUCGCACUGUCUACGAACUCAGAUACUUCAACAUUGCUGAGAAUGAAGGCGAGGAGGAAGAUUAAUUUUUCUCAUCAGAAGUUGAGGUUAUUAGGAGGUUUUCUCUUAAAUCUGGCACGUUAUAUUUUCCAAAUUCCAAGUACUCGAUCAACGAGUUUAUAUUAGUAAUCGAACUGUGUGCUGCAAGUUUUACCUAUGUGCUGUGGUUGUUUUCAGUGUUCUUAUUGCACGAGUCCUCUCUUCUGUGACCUCUAACUGCAGUGUGUUUCUACAAAAUCCUGUUAAAAUUUAUCUUGGAACCAUAUGCAACUUAUCGAGCAUCACUAUUUCAUGUCCA